GGACAGACGGGUGAGCAAGUAGCGCGAGCGACGCGCGCGCUCCAACAGCAGCACCACCCACACCUUUAACACUGCUGCUGAACAGAAGAGCAGGGCGCGAGCUCCGGACAAGCAGUUGUGGAGCGCGUGGGGGAUCUGAGAUCAAACAGAAAAAGAAAACGACGGUUAGUUUUAAAUGAUUUAAAACUGAAAUCUGUGGAAUUCUACUGCGACCGUUAAGCAACCGUCGUUUUUUUUUAAAAGGGCUCUUGCCCCACACUUACUGAGAGGAUGCAGACGAGGGGCAUCAGGGCACUAAGUCCAGUUCUUUUCCUGGCACUAACAUCACUGUUUACCAACCAGGCACAUGGACAAGUGCCUGCUCCUAGAAGAUUGCGUUUUAAGGAGCUAGGCCCAGGUAUGCUCAGUGUUUCCUGGAAGGAGCCGAAAGGAGAAUUUGACGGCUUCAGAGUCUUCUACAGCUCUGGCUCAGGAGAAAGAGAGAGAGAGGUGCAGGUGUCGAAGGAAAGCACCAAGGCUGUGAUAAACGAUUUUGAUAACAGUAAAGAGUACAGCUUUAAAGUCUUCACCAUCAGUGGCAGUCAGAAUAGUAAGCCACUCCUGGGAACAUAUAAAGCUUCAAGGUCAGAGGUGAGUGACAGCAGCCCAGUGACUCAAAGCGCAAAGCAGAACGGCGAGCCUGAGCACGGGAACGAGAUCGUAGAAGAGAUUUCAUUCACAUGUAAAACUCCAGCGAUAGCUGAUAUCGUGAUUCUGGUGGAUGGCUCUUGGAGUAUCGGCCGCUUUAAUUUCCGUCUGGUGCGUACGUUCCUCGAGAGUCUGGUGACAGCGUUCUCCGUCAGCUCAGACCAGACACGUAUCGGAUUGGCUCAGUACAGUGGAGAUCCAAGAAUUGAGUGGCAUCUCAAUGCACAUGCAACAAAAGACGAUGUCAUCAAUGCCGUGAAGAAUUUGCCAUAUAAGGGAGGAAACACGCUAACAGGUCUAGCUCUAAUGUACAUCCUCGAGAACAGCUUUAAGCCCGAGUCUGGCUCCAGGACAGACGUUCCGAAAAUCGGAAUCCUGAUCACGGAUGGAAAGUCUCAGGAUGAUGUCAUCGGCCCCGCCCAAAGUCUUAGAGAUGCAGGAAUAGAGCUGUUUGCCAUCGGUGUAAAGAACGCAGAUGAAAACGAGCUGAGGAUGAUCGCGUCUCCUCCAGAAGAUACCCACGUGUAUAAUGUGGCUGACUUUAACGUCAUGAGCUCGAUAGUUGAGGGUUUGACCAGGGUGGUGUGUCAGCGUGUGGAGUAUCUCAACAGGGAGAUCAAAGGUGACCCCGUCACCUAUUUAAUUCCCGACGCACCCAGUGAACUUGUAACCUCUGAGGUCACAGCCAGGAGUUUCCGUGUCUCCUGGACCCAUGCUCCUGGAACAGUGGAGAAAUAUAGAGUGGUGUACUACGCUUCCAGAGGAGGCAAGCCAGAGGAGGUAGUGGUAGACGGUGAUCAGACCUCCGUUGUCCUCCAACAUCUGAACUCUGUGACCGAGUACCAAGUGGCCGUGUUCGCUGUCUACAGUAACUCCGCCAGUGAAGGUCUGAGAGGCAGCGAAACCACAUUGGCCUUGCCCAUGGUGAAUAACCUGGACCUGUUUGACAUCACGCACAAUAGCAUGCGAGUGCAAUGGGUUCCUGCAGAAGGGGCUUCUGGAUACAUGAUCCUGUACGCCCCACUGAGUGACGAAGGCACGUCAGACGAAAGGGAGGUUAAAGUAGCAGAGAGUGUAAGCGAGAUCGAGCUGGAUGGUCUGACUCCCGCAACCGAGUACACAGUCACAGUUUACGCCAUGUACGGAGACGAAGCCAGUGACCCCCGGACGGGCCAGGAGACCACACUUCCUCUCAGUCCUGCACAAAAUCUCCACAUCACUGAUGUGACUCACAGUUCGGCCAAGCUCAGCUGGGAUGCCGCCUCUCGUAAAGUAAGGGGCUACCGCAUCAUGUACGUGAAGACGGACGGAGUUCAGACCAAUGAGGUUGAAGUGGGUCGAGUUACCACAAAGUUGCUAAGUAACCUUAACUCGUUGACCGAGUACACCGUGGGCAUCUCCGCCAUCUACGAUGAGGGCCAAGCCGAUCCCCUUACAGAUAGCUUCACAACUAAGCGGGCUCCGUCCCCGGUGAGCGUGAGGAGCAGCGAGGUGACCACAGACAGUUUCAAAGUGAGCUGGCAGCAUGCGGCAUCUGACAUUUCCCUCUACAAGCUCUCCUGGACACCAGCCAAUGGAGGAGAGACCAGAGAGAUGGUGAUCGAUGGUAAUCAUAACUCCUAUAUGAUUACGGGUCUGAAGCCUCUAACCGAGUAUGAGGUCACUCUCACGGCCACAUACAAAGACAAAGCCGAGAGCGAGAAAGUUGAAUUCAGUGAAACUACAGUUGCUAGAACAACAACAGUGGCAACUACAACUACCACCACCACUACUGCAGUUGUUAGAUUGGGUGUCCGAGGUAUGCAGCUAAGUGAUUCUACUACGUUCAGCUUGCUCACAUCAUGGGAAUCUCUGGGCCCAAACGUGCGCCAGUAUAGAGUGUCAUAUAUUUCAACACGCGGAGACAGAGCUGAACAAGUGAUGAUGAUCCCUGGCAAUCAGUACUCAGUGGUGCUGCAGCCGUUGCUGUCAGAUACAGAAUACAGAGUGAGCGUGACAGCCAUCUAUGCAGACGGAGAGGGACCUACCGUCACACGAUCUGCCCGCACAUUGCCUCUCAUUGCUCCUAAGAACCUGAAAGUGUCUGAAGAAUGGUACAAUCGCUUCCGCAUCACCUGGGACACCCCUCCGUCUCCCACAAUGGGAUACAGGGUCAUCUACCAGCCUGUCUCAGUACCAGGCCGUGCUCUGGAGACGUUUGUUGGUGACGACGUGAACACCAUGCUGAUCCUAAACCUGGUGAGUGGCACGGAGUACAGCGUAAAGGUCAUUGCGACGUACACCACGGGCUCCAGCGAAGCUCUUACUGGCAGAGCCAAAACGCUAUACCUGGGUGUUACUAAUCUGAACACCUAUCAGGUGCGAAUGAACAGUAUGUGUGCUCAGUGGCAGCCUCAUUCUCACGCCACCCAGUACCGCGUCACCAUCGACUCUCUGCUCAAUGACCAGAAGCAGGAAGUAAGGCUGGACGGAUCAGAAGCCAGACAUUGCUUUAACGACCUGAAUCCAAACACACAAUAUAAAAUCAGCAUUUACGCUCUGCUACAGGAGACAGAAGGUCCCGCUGUCACCGCCGUCCAGAGAACACUCCCGGUGCCGACCAGUCCUCCCACCAGGCCUCCCACCACCACGCCACUCCCCACCAUCCCUGUCGCUAAGGAGGUCUGCAAAGCUGCAAAAGCGGAUCUAGUGUUCUUAGUCGAUGGCUCAUGGAGCAUUGGCGAUGACAACUUUUUAAAGAUCAUCCGCUUUCUGUACAGCACAACUGGAGCUUUGGAUGAGAUCGGCCCUGGAGGCACGCAGGUGGCCAUAGCCCAGUUCAGCGAUGAUGCUCGCACUGAGUUUAAGCUCAAUGCAUAUGAUAACAAAGAGAGUCUUCUGGAGGCCAUUCAGAGAAUUUCAUAUAAAGGAGGCAACACUAAAACAGGAAGAGCAAUGCAGCAUGUGAAGGAUGCAGUCUUCACCAGGGCUGGAGGAACCAGGAGGGGUGUACCCAAAGUGCUAGUGGUGUUGACAGACGGCCGCUCCCAAGACGAUGUCAAUAAAAUCUCCAAGGAGAUACAAAUGGAGGGUUACAUCGUGUUUGCAAUCGGUUUUGCCGAUGCCGAUUAUGGAGAGCUAGUGAGCAUUGCCAGCAAACCCAGCGAGAGGCAUGUGUUUUUCGUGGAUGACCUUGAUGCUUUCAGAAAAAUCGAAGAGAAACUCAUCACAUUUGUGUGUGAGGCUGCAUCGGCGACUUGUCCUCCUGUAGCGAUGAGUGGCAGCACAUUACCAGGAUUUCGAAUGAUGGAAACCUUUGGACUAGUGGAGCAUCUGUACAGCAAUGUGGCCGGCGUUUCCAUGGAGCCAGGAACCUUUAACAGCUUUAGUAGUUACAGACUUGCGAGCGAUGCCCUACUGGCACAACCCACCAGGUUCAUCCACCCUGACGGCCUGCCAUCUGAUUACACAAUCACUAUGGUCUUCCGACUGCUGCCGCAAACCCCAGAGGAACCAUUUGCAUUAUGGGAAAUCCUCAACAGCGGAAAUGAACCAUUAGUGGGCGUGAUUCUAGACAAUGCAGGGAAGACCCUGACUUUCUUUAAUAACGACUAUAGGGGUGAUUUUCAGACUGUAACAUUUGAGGGUCCUGACAUCAAGAAACUCUUCUAUGGCAGUUUCCACAAGUUGCACAUAGCGGUGAGUAAGACCCUGGCGCAGGUGAUGGUGGACUGUAAACUGGCCGGAGAGAAGCCCAUUAAUGCAGCUGGCAACAUCACCACUGACGGCAUGGAGGUUCUGGGAAGAAUGGUCCGAUCCCGAAGAGACAGGGACAACUCUGCACCGUUUCAGCUCCAGUCAUUUGACAUCGUGUGUAGUACCUUGUGGGCUCAUCGAGACAAGUGCUGCGAGCUUCCAAGUCUGAGAAAGGAGGCGGAUUGUCCGUCACUGCCUCGAGCCUGUACGUGCACUCAGGACAGUAAAGGCCCUCCUGGUCCACCCGGACCCACGGGAGGUCCUGGUAUCAGAGGGUCACGAGGAGAUAGAGGGGAGCCCGGCCCUGUGGGUCCAGUAGGUGCAGUUGGGGAACCAGGAGUACCAGGACCACAGGGCCCGCCCGGCCCCCAGGGGCACAGCGGGAGGUCUAUUAGAGGCCCUCCGGGUGGUCCUGGUGAGAGAGGGGAAAAAGGUGAUGCAGGACCUCAAGGUGCUCAGGGCGUUCCAGGUACCCCAGGGACCCCGGGGAGGGAGGGACCUCCUGGACCCAGAGGUUUGCCGGGUAACGACGGACCACAGGGCAGAGCGGGGCCUCCGGGAAAUAUGGGAGGACCAGGAGCUCCUGGGGCACCGGGUGAGAAUGGCCCUCCAGGAACCACCGGGGAGCAGGGACCACCAGGCCUUCCAGGUACAAAAGGAGAGAGGGGAGAACGAGGGGAUACACAGUCCAGCUCAUCCGUGCAAGCUAUAGCCAGACAAGUGUGUGAGCAGCUCAUACAAACUCACAUGGCUCGUUAUAACUCCAUCCUGAAUCAUAUCCCGAGGCAGCAGCCCAUCGCAGUCCGUGCUGCUCCGGGGCCUCCGGGUGAACCUGGCCGUCCCGGUCCUCCUGGACAGCAAGGAGAGCAGGGUCCCCCUGGACGACCCGGAUUUCCAGGAACCAACGGAGAGAACGGAGAGCCUGGAGCAAGAGGUCUUCCAGGUGAGAAAGGAGAGAAGGGAAGCCAAGGUGUUGGUGUCCAAGGUCCCAGAGGGCCUUCAGGGCCUCCAGGACCACCUGGUGAGGGAAGAAGUGGCAGCCCUGGCCCAUCUGGUCGCCCUGGUAACCCUGGUAGUCCCGGCAGACCGGGCAUUCCGGGACCAGUGGGAUCAGCUGGACCCCCAGGAUACUGCGAUCCCAACUCCUGUGGAUACAACGUGGCAGGGAGGGUCUUUCAUCAUGAAGUGACUGACAGAGGUGUUCCCGUAGCCCCAAUGCAGCCCAACCCCUAUCAAACAUACGGCCCCGACGAGGGCGAGGGAACGGAGGAGGAUCCGUACGGCGGCUACGGCACGCAUCACUCCUACUACCAGCCCGGCUACCCCGAGCCACACCCCAUAGAGCACGAGGAAACCAUCAUGGUCGAGGAGGUGGAGGAAGAGCUGCGGUCACCAGGCAUGCAGCGUCUCACGCGCAGUACAGACGAGCAGGAGCGGAACGGAGAGACGAGGACGAAGUUCUGACGCUUCUCCGUCGACAAAAACAACAAUCGAGUCACAAACACAAAAUGACAUCACAUUUAACAGUUAUCGAAGCGAGGGCUGUUCAGAGAAGUUCUUUAUUUAGACACGAUUUUAAAACUUUUACAUUUUUCAGUCUUGGCUCACAUGAUGUCGAAAAUUUACUUCCCGUAUUAUGGUAUCCUUAAUUAAUCUUUUCUAAUCAUGAAUACAGCAGGUGUUAAACAGGAGACUGGACAGGAUGGUGAGAAGCCAAACUUCAGCCUUAUUCAAGAAAAAGACCUGAAAACUUAGUUAGAAAGAACAUUAAACAUCACACACUGUCUCUAUAAGUCAAUGGAAAUGACAAAUCCUGACACAUUAAUAUAAACAAGCCUUACUAGUUUAAGAAAUUAAACACAUUAACUCAUAAAUUAUGUUAAGCCGCAAAUAUGUCGAGUAUAAAUACAUUACACAGAUUUAUAUACUGUAAACCCACUUUUAUUUGAACCAGAAUUUAUUUGCUGGUUAUUUAUGUGUAGAAUAUAACUUAUGUUUUCUUUGUCUGUAUAAUACAACAAUAUACAGUACAGUAAACAGCCUGGCCAAAACCAACAAAGAGAACACUGCAUAGUCUAAGUUUAAAUAAACCACCUUUAGCUUUGAUUACGCAACGUGCCGGACAGUUUAUGCGUGAAAAUAAUUUGUCUCUUUCACAAUCCUGGAGUAUGACCGUGCCAUUGGUGAAGAAAAAACUUCAUAGACGUGAUAACCUGAUCAUUCUGUACAUUCAGGUUGUCAGCAGAGUUAAUAUUAUUGCCACAUUGCGUUGCUGAGUUUAGACCUGAGAAAUUGAAGUAACCCCAGAUCAUAACACUGCCUCCAGAUGCUCGUACAGCAGACACUAUGUACAUCAUUUAGGCAUUUGGCAGAUACCCUUAUCCCGAGCGACUUACAUAAACAGAACUAUCAGUUUUUGAGUUUGUUGUACUCAUUCAUAUUAAUCAUUCUUUAGUUGCACUGAUGAGAAGCCUAACUCAUAAUAUUUAAUAGUAAUUAUAAUUUUUUUAGUUGUUGCAAAUAAAAAAAAAAAUGGUUGUUGGUCUUUUGCCUGGUCCCCAUCCGGUCCGCACACAAGCUUGGCACAGGUUUUAUACCAGAUGCCCUUCAUGAAGCAGCCCUCCCAUUUUAUCUGGGCUUGGGACAGGCACUUCAUUCAAUGGCUGAGAAUCGAACCCGGGCCUUUCAUGUGGUAGGCGAAACACCUACCACUGAGCUGCCAUUGCCCUGUUACAAAUCAAAUAAGUAAUUCUCUUUAUUUUUCUUAAGUUAAAUUUGAAAGUACAAACUCUAUGAAUAUUAAUACUUAAACUAAUAGAAAUUCAGGAUUUAUAUUUAAACCCCGAAAACUGGAGUUGUAAACCUGACAAUUUCAAAAACUAAACAAUUUAUGCUACUAAAGUAGUCGGUUCAAAUUAAAGAUUGAUAUUUGCCAAUUACUAGAAAUCUUUCUUUCUACCCUUCUAAACAGUAGGUAGAAAAAAGUGUGUUCCUUCCUAUCCUGAUGCACACAUGCAUGGGCUCAAUCUGGACUCGUCAGACCAAAUGACCUUUCUCCAUUGCUCUAACGUUUGAUCUUUAUCCUUUAAAGCAAACUGAAUCUUUUUUUUUUUUUUUUUACCUAGUCUCAGUAACAAAUGGUUUUCCUAUGAACACACAGCUGUUUAGUCCCAAUCCUGUGAGUUCUCAUUUCUCUCUGCUCUCGAUAUCUUUAACAAUGCAACUUCACCGAGAGUUUACACGACCUCUGAUCAGAAUCAUUAAUUUCUCUCCUAAACUAGAUAGUUAUUUUAGUAUGGCAGCCCUCAUGAUGACUGUUACAUGUGAUGUGAUAUUGUGGUGAGCUUCUCCGUAAUAAAUAAUGCACUGUAUCACGAUACUCAUUCAUGCAGGUAGCAACUGUAGAGUUUUAACUACAGCCUUUAUUAUGAAUUUCUUUUUGUCCUUUUUUUUUUUAUUAUUAUUGGCCAUACACUUUUAUCCCGAGCUUCUGAGUGAGGCAAAAAAAACAAUCAAAGCACAGAGCUGAGCAGCUGAAGGUGAAGUAGCUCUCUGGUAAUCCUGGGACCGACCAUAAGCACUGAGCCAGCUACUAGUGCACGGGUAAGAUUUAUUAUUCUAAAAGUAUUAAAAGAUUUAAAAAGGGUAGAUAUGAAAGAUUUAGUGGAUUGAGAGAAUAGUGCAUGCAGAGCAUUGAUGAGUGAUGAUCGCUGUGUGAAACUCUUUAAGUGCCUGACAAACACAGCAGAGAUUCUCUUUAUUCGUACCAUCUCGCUUGGUCUCUCUCUUUUGUUUUCAGCAAUCGUAAAGAAUGCUGCCAGUCAAGGAUAGUUCAAUACCCUUUUUUCUUUUUUUCUUUUUUUUUUUUACAGUGGGCUCCCUAUUACAUUUGACAGGGCUUGGUAAUAAAAUGAGUAAAGAAUAAACACUCAGGGGUGUGCAGUUAAACAAAAUAAUGUGAUGUGUGAGGCAGAAUUACACUUACCGCAUCAAAAUUAAUACUUUUCCAAUAACAUCCAAAUGUGUAUUAUUUUCUUUAUAACACAGCAAUUUGCCAGUAAGUCAAUUUAUUUAUUUUUCUUAUUAAAGAUGCUUUAUACAGUAUCCGGUUAUAGAUUUAUUGUGAUGGAGCAUCUGCAAAACAGGUUAGUUCUUGUUAUACUGCUUACACGGUUUGCUUGUGCGCUUUCUAUGAAAAAAAGACAAAAACACAACAAUAAACUGUAAAAGGCAAAGUGCUGAAAACUUUUUACACUCUUUUUAGAAAGCAAUUACAGUUUGUUUUUUUUGUAACACUUGAAAUGAGCACGUUUAUAUAAAUGGAUUUGCAGCUAGAAAUGGAAAUUCUACUGAAAAUUAAUCCUUCUGAACAAUCUGAUCUGAAAGCUCAUCAGCAUACCAACAAACACCUAAACCUAUGUGUUUUAUGAUUAAUUGUUCACUUACAGAGCCUGAUGCAACCCAAUGUGAUGCCUUGAUAGAAGGAGACAGACAUGUUCUCUUUUUUUCCCCUAAUGUACAUGCUUUUAUUUAGUAAUUUUACUUUAAAGUUUAACAAGAAAUGCUGAAGUUAAAAAAACACAUUGCAAAACAAAAACAUUUUGCAUUGAACAUAAUCAGAUAACGGACAAAAUUCAUCUAAAUCAUUCCAGAGUGAUUGUUUUAACUACCUUACUGGUUAGCAUGAUUUCAAGAAAGUAAAGCACAAAUUUCCAUCCACAUCCAGACUUUAAAACCUGUUUUCAGACGCUUGUCCCAGAAACAUGUUAUGUAAACAGCUGUGUUUUGGAAAAUAGAACCAUGGCAGGAUAAUCAAUGUAAAAAAAAAGAAAGAAAAAGAUUUGGUUUUGGAUGUUUCUUCAAGCAAAUUAUGCUGAAAAGAGGGACGCUAGAGGUAAUAUCAGACAACCACAUUGGUAAUCUUUAGCAUCUGGCUCAAAGCCACCAUACACUCAGACUUGGCCUCAGGCUGCCUCUAGAAGGUCUUUAAAUCGUAAGACUAUUUAAGAGGCCUAUGGGCUGUUGUCAAAACAACUGACAUACAUUACUGUGCAAAAGUCCUGAGACACCCUCAGUUUUUCAUAUUUUGUGUUUAAAAAGCCAGACUUGUAUUUUCUUGUAUUUUAAUGUCAUCUUCAGGAAAAGUUCUCCAGGCUUUCUAAAUGACUUUUUUGUCUCUCAUUUUUAGUCCAUUUUUAGGAGGGAAGGAUCAAGACUGAUGAAGAUGUUUUUUGUUUUUUUCACAGAGUUAAUAUAAUUGUAGAUAAAAGUUUAAUUAUGACUGAAAAAAGUGUGCAUGUGUCAGAGGUAAAGCCUCUGAGUUUAAUAUAUCUACCUGUUUCUAUCAAUGUGUCACGUCAUUAAAUACACAGGGUCAAGUUUGUGUUGGUUUGCUGAUGAACUCUCAAAUCUGAUUGGUCAGAAGGAUUCAUUUCCAGUCACAGAGGGUCUGACAGGAGUCUUGCUGCAGAUCCAUUUGUGUGAACGUGUUCAUUCAGUUACACUGGAGUAGGAAUGUCUUUGUUAUAUAAUAUUAACAAUAUCUGUUUAUAAUGCACCAAGAUAAAAAACCCUAUAAUUUCUAAUUCCUGGUUGAUACUAAUUAAUAUGUUCCAAGAUAAAUAACUAAUUAAUAUGACUUUAAGCGGGUGAGCCUAUAGAUGAAAGUUCUUUGUCCAUGCAAGUUGUUUAAAUGUUAGUGAUCAAGAAUUUAAUGAUCACAAACUUUUUUUUCUUGAUUUACAUGUUCCUUUUUUAUUAUUUUCAGUUCCAUGUUGCCUUUUUAUUACACAAAAGCAUAAGAUAUAGUGUCUAUUGACAGGCAGUGGAAAGGAAAUUAACUUUUUUUGACAUCUGUUUAUACAAACCAACGUUUCAUUUACGAUGUUUACAAUUUUAUCUUUUUUAACAGUCUGGAAUUUCACUUGUAGUGUCGAAUUCAUCUAUGUGUGUAAACAUUCAAGUACAGAUUCCUCUGUAUUAAGUGCCUGUUUAUAGUAUAAAUCAUGUACGCUCAACUUUAUUCUAAAUAUUCUUGUAGAUAGUUAUAGAUCAGAACAGUGCUUCAGCUCAGACUUUUUAAAGGUAUGGUCGCCACUUUUGUUUCAGCAGUGUCAUUAAGGGUGUAACUUUCUUCUUGAUCAUCCUACCAGCCUGAUUAUUUAUUGUGUUUCAUUUCUGGUGUCUUUAUCGUAUAAUGGCUCUGUGCUUGUAUUGUACAAUACUUACACAAACAUAAUCAAAGGUUUUUGAAAACGUAUCGUGAUGAGCUUGUGGUUGUACAUGCCAUCAGAUGUUCUUCAUGUUUAUAUAUAAAAAAAAUUUAAUCGAAUGGUGCUAAAUGUGUUUAUACAUUAUAU